ACCCCAGGAUCACUGCAUUGCCAGCAGCCUCGCCGCAAGCUGGCUGGCAGCCAAGCAGGAGUCCGCCAGAAGUUAGCUGGAACCAGUGGAUUUCUACAAAACACUUCAGUUUGCAUAAAUCAGGGUUCUCUGAUCAAAAUACAUCUUGUGACAGGAAAAUCCCUCAAAUGCUGGUGUGGGACUGUUUACUAUAUCCCACGUGCACAAUGUGCUUACUUUGCUAUCUGGGAGGGGGAUAUUGAGCCAGACUUCUGCCGUGAGCAGUGAGCAGUUGUCGUCUUCCCUUCCCUAUUUCUUCAUGUGUAUCCUAUACACUAAACUGUUCCAGGCUGGCUGUUCAGAUGCAGCUGCUUGAAACUUGUUCUCUAGAAACAGGAAUAUAUGCAGGAUUUUUUAUUCAAUUUUGCUGUUCUAGUUUUUUUUUUUUUUUUUUUUUUUACAGCUAGUGAAUAUUUUCAUCUUGCGCAUUACCUGGCUCAAAGGAAAGUCCAGAACUGUUACGCCUUCCUAUCUGUGCGUCGAAGGACAGCUUUUCCAACACCGCAUACCUGCCGCCCUGAACAUUUGAAGUCCUUCUGAUGGCUCUCCGGAGGAUUUACCUUUUCUCCCUGGCACUGGUGUGGGGCUGCAUGGCCUCCUCCUCCUCCCAGCAGACGGCAGUUGCUCCCCCACAAGACCUUCAGAUCACUGAUCCUGGGCUUUUAGGUUCUCUCGAUAUAGAGUGGAAACCUCCACCCAAUGUACAAACCUUCAAUGAGUGCACAGUAAAAUACAAGUUUGAAUACCGUAACACUGGUGACAGAGAAUGGAAGGUUAUUUUUACUAGGAAACUAAAAUUCAGAGUUGGAUUUGACCUCAGCAGGACUGCUGAAGUGAAGGUACAGACCCUGCUUGAAGGACGGUGUACCAAUGACGUGGAGGUUCAGAGUGAAUGGAUUUAUGCUACCUUUCAGGUCCCAUUGCAAGGAAAGCUGGAAUCAGAGGUUCAGAAUUUUCAUUGCAUCUAUCAUGACUGGGAAUACCUCAAGUGCACUUGGCAACCAGGUCUCCUCGCUCCUCGCGGUGUACAUUAUGGUCUAUAUUAUUGGUAUGAGGGCCUGGACCAUGCAGUGCAGUGUGAUGACUACAUCCAGGACCAUGGUAUAAACACUGGCUGCAUGCUGCAGAACCUGAGCCAGGCAGAAUAUAAGGAUCUGAGUAUUUGUGUCAAUGGGUCAGCAGCAGCCACCCUGCUGAGGCCGUUGUAUGCCACCCUGCGCCUUCACAACCUAGCAAAGCCCUCACCCCCCAAGCAGCUGGUGGUUUCCAUGUCUGCGUCCGAGGAGCUCCGCGUGGUGUGGAGCCCACCGGGUGGCGAAACGCCGCCCCAGUGCCUGGAGUACGAGGUCCAGCUGGCAGAAGAGCAGGGGAAGGCCAAGGCUGCCUGGGCGUCUGUGUCAACCCAAAUGGAGACUGCUUUUACUAUUUCCAGAGCAAAUCAAAGCCGCAUUUCAUGUGUCCGUGUCAGGGGGAGAACAAACAAUUUCUGCGCCGACCAGGGCUUCUGGAGUGAAUGGACACAGGAGUGUUUCUCUGUGUCCAGAAAAGAGGACAAGCAGCUAUUUAUCCUCAUUCCAGUCAUUCUGAGUUUGUCAAGUAGCCUCAUAAUAUUUAUGUUGAUUGGUCAGUGCAAGAAAAGAACCCCGGCAGGAAAAGCAAUGUACAUGUCAGUGGGAUGCUAACUCUGCUCACGACUGCUGUACCGCUUGUGUUUGAAGGAUUGCUCUCAGAACAUCGUCCCAAGGAUGGCUGAGAAGCCCAGAGCUUUCUAAAGCCCAAGUGAGUCUUCCCUGCCUGCUGUCAUUUGUGAGGCUGGCUGUUGCAAUGCAUGUCCUCAACGGACCUAGGAAAACACUGGAGGAGUUGUAAGCUGACUGGAGCAAACUGUUUCUGAUAACAGGACAAAGGACAAAAAGGAGGCAUGAAAACUGCAGUGAAUAAAGAUAACACAUUCCUCUGAGUUUUUUUUUUUUUUUAAGGACUCUAGAAAUCUGUCAGCAGGACGUACACUGAAGGGCAACACCUCACACAAUGCUAGGUACAAAUGCCAGCAUGCAGCCACUGCACAUUACUCUUCUCACCUCUUCUUAGUCCCCAUUCCUCAGUGUGUUGAUAGCAUUUAAGUGCUGAGCCUGAGCUAACUGUAUUUAUUUUAUUAACUGAUAUGCCUUAGCUGUUGCAAAGCUGAAGUGGGGAGGCCUUGAGAGAAAUUUUUGCUGUAAAAACUCACAACCACAGCCACUGCAAGAGACAGAUGGUUACAAAAGUGCAGGGUUACUCUUGCAAAGGUGGUAAGGAAAUUUCUCUAGGAAGCAGGCGCAGGUACUAGAAUUCAGUGAAGCACCCAGAAUGUCUCUCGACACCAUGCACUCAGCUGAUGAAAUUACUGAUUGACUUUUAAGGAAGUCUCCUGUGAUAAUGACUACAAAAAAAAAAAAAAAAAAAAAAAGACAGUUCUCAAAGCCUGGCUUUGUUUUUUAAUUUUAUUUUUGUCAGAAAAAUGAACCAACUAACCAACUCAACCCCCAUGUUUACUGUGCUUUCAUUUCAUCUAAACAACCCAGAAAACACAUCUUCUUGCAGGAACAUUUACUCAAGAUGGGAAUUUCUUGUGAAGAGAGGCAGCUCAAAGGGAAAAUCAAGUUUGCAUCAAUCAGCUAUGUAAAGAGCCACGUUAAUCCAACCAGUCACAAAUAACACAGCAAGCACUGUUUUACACAUCCAAGUGCAAAAUUAUUCAAUCACUAUCUGCUGCUUCCACUGCUAAGUAGGCAACAACCCAGUGUUAUCUGGGGACACAUCAAAGAAGGAAAGCACCAGGAAAAAACUGGUCUAUGCACAGAUUGGAGCAGAAAUGAAGCUUCCCAAUUGCUGAUAUUUUGAUGACACACAAAUCUACUCUUUACUGCCUCCUGGGGCUUCUGGCCAGCCAGCUCGGGAUGGCUUUAAAUUUAGAAAAUACUGGUGAGCAAGCAACCGACAUUGGAAAUACUGUGAUUUACUUUGAUGAAUGCAGCACAUUAGUGGUUGGAGAAGGGAGCUGGACUUGGCAAGGCACCGACUGCUCUGACAGAGAAGGUGAAAGGAACCACAAGAGGAGGAAGUCAGCAGGAAUAAGGCUGGCUUGGACCAGGACCAGACACCUCCAAAACAUGCUCACCAGAGCAAUUCAAGGGAAUGUAUGUUUUAUACAACAUGCUGAAGCAUGCAGGAGGCUCAGGAUGGCAUCUCCUCUGUGUGAUGGCAGGGAGCAGCUCUGUGCUUAUUGCCCUCCUGCCAGGUGCAGUCCCCUUCCUUCUCCCUCUGGUCUCAGGCAGGAUUUUGCUGGGACAAGGGACACAGCCCUGCACCACAGCUGUCCCUGGCCUGCACAGAUCAAAUAUUUUCCUCUAUUUGCUCCGAAGUCCAGACUGCAUGCACCUCCCUGCAGAUUGAUGGAGCAUCAUGGCAGGGCAGUCCCUGCGAGGACCAAGGUUGGACCUCAAACUCUGCAACACCAGGAUGAGAGGAAACGCUCAGCCACGCUAGUUCUGAGGUCUGCAUGGUAAUUUCAGGAACUACGGGACUUUGACACAUCCAGAGCUAGGCGGUAUUUACGCUAUGGGUUUCAGAACUGACGUCAUGGCAAUAGUUAAAAUCAGGAAGCACUGGAGAAAACUGUUGGAAAGCAUCCCAUUGAGAUUCCCUGUUACUGGAAAUAACUCCGUGUAGGUCUCUGAUAAUCUGCCAGCCCUUUCAACUGUUUAAACUUUUACUAAAAACACAUGACUGCAUUGUGAAACUCGUCCAUGUGAAGUAGAGGUAGGGAAGCUAGAGCCUGGCGCAGUGGGUAAUUCAGAUGCAAUUUCACCUGCUUUACCAUGCAGGAAAUUGGAGUGGGCAGUAUUUGGAGAUGGCCAUCAAAUGUGGGAGCUCCAUCUUGUGUUCCCUUGGGGAGCACCAUGAACACACGGAGGCACAGGGACAGCUUGCUGCUGCUUCCCAUCCUGUGCACUCUUUUGCUUGUUGAUGUAGAUUCCUUGUUUUCUCCGGAGGCUGCUGGUCAUUGAACAGGUCAGGUUGCAGGCAGGCAGGUUUCUGCUGGAGGCAGAGAUUUGAGAUAGUGUACCUGGAGCCCAGUGCAUGAGCAGAAGAAGUGAAAUAUCGAGCAGGAAAAAAUGAAAUCUGGGCAGAAAGCCCAGUGCUAGUUCCAGAGAGGUCACUGUGCACAGGGGCACAGUGUGCUGCUCAUGUCAGAGUUUAUCAAACAGGAUAACAGAGUAAAACACUGCUCCUCUUGGCUUGCCAAUAAAACCAGUCCUCACAGGCUGCUUGCCAGCUCCCACAGCUCUAUCAGUGAUGUAAAACACCACAGUGUGCACUUCAAUUCAGCUUUUUUUUUUUUUUUUAAGAACUUUUUUUUUUAACUGUUAGACCUCAUGCAGCAGCAUCACAGAGCAAAAAGCCUGCUCCGAACCUGCAGAUCGGCAGGAAAGGCAGCUGAAUAAAACUAGAGGGGAGCAAGCUGAGACUCUGCUGUAGUUCUCUUCCAGGAGGGCUGUAUAAACCGGGUUAAAGUUUUGAGCCUAAUUUUGUCCAAAAAGAAGAACAGGAGAAGAAUUGAAGAGAACAAGUGCAGGCAAGAGGUGGUGAAGGAACAGAUGUUGUACCUCCCCAGCUGGAACUCACCCCCCAGAAUAUCAGAGCUAGUUCAGUCAAUACAAAACACAAAAGUUAGACAGAAGCCUGCUUAGAAACCUGCCUAGUAACAGAGUGAUAAAUUAAGUACAUCUGCUUAUGGUACCUGCAUCUUGCAGCUUGGCAGGAGUGUUUCAGAAAGAGAAGCUGAGCUUCAUCCUGGUGCGGGGCUCCCCGCUCACCAGCUCACCCCUGUAGUGGCAGCAAGCUACCCCCACCUGCUUCCUCACAGUAUUACCUCUCCAGCAUGAGCAAAAUGUAAUCCCUACAGGUGGCCAGCUGCUAGUCCUUCCUGGUGUCCUAAACCUUGCUAGAAUUUCACUAGUAUGCUUCCUCCCAGCCUAAGUUUAUAGUAUUACAUUAAUUCUUUUGCACAGUAUUUGCAUUACAGUGGUUUAAUCCAUUUGCUGUAGUCCAUAAUUAAUAUUAAGUAAAGCACUUUCAAAAAUC